UUGUCGACUGCUUGCGUUUCUGUUCAAUUCAUUUCAUUUUCUCCAAGUUCCUUUUUUCUAAUCAUAAUUUAUAUUCUUAUAGUUUUUUCAAGCAUGUAAAUAAAAUGAGGAAACAUCGCCAAGUGAAAUGGAAAAAUUUGCCGAAAUCUCUAGCUGUCAUUUUUAUAAUUGGAGGAGGAACUACUCUGGCAUACCAAAUUCAUUCUUUAAACCGCCGGUUUUCAUCUUUAUUGUCAGAUGCCGCAGUUGAGAGAGAACGUCAAAAGGCUGGGUGCUAUAUUGCUAUUCCUCAAACUGUAAUUGAAACUGAGAUUCAUGCUAUGACCUCUAAACUGAAAAAUGUUGAACAAAUGGUGGAGACUCUUAUGAAGGGACCAACACAUCUUGGUCUUGAUUCAAAUCCCUGGCAUCUUCUUCGAAUUCUUAAAUCAGAACUCCCUUCUCAUACUCAAGAACACUCCACUGCUUUAAAAACAUUGGCUACUUCACAUUAUAAUGUUGGAUUAUCCCAGCAAAUUGCCCAAGCAUGUGAUUUCAGGGUUAGUGUCAAACUGGCAAGAACAAAAAAUGUUAACCUAAACUUGUUCCUACAACCCCCUGCUUACAUAAUUUCAACCUCUGAGCCCAUAGAAGAUGUGUUAAACCACAUUCUUGACAAAAUUCCUACCUCCAAUCAACACACUUGUGCUACAUAUUUUCUUAGCAUUGCUCAAAAAAUUACUGAAAAAGACAAAGAUGAAGAAUUCAAUCUUAGAUGGGAUCCUGAUACUGCUAGAAUUAUACAUCCGGGAAACAUUGUUCAAAUCGUAGAGCUGUACUUACAAGCUUUAUUGGAACUGUCUCGUUCAUUCGAAUCCUCAAUUUUAAUGGUGCAAAAUGGACUUCUUGUCGCGCUCUGGCGAGUCGUGCAUAUGUUCAACAAGGAAGCAGCGCUCAAAGCAUUGUGUGUUAAUAUAAUUGUGAACAUCUCUUUAUUCUCUCAGCUCCAUCAUCAGAUUUUUCAAUCAGGUUGGAUUGGCCUUUUAGCAGAAUUUUUUGGUCCUCAACAUGCUUCUCUAAAUUUAGCUGCUGGAAAAGCUCUAGCUAAUAUGGACCAAAAUAGCCGCAAAUGUGGAGUAUAUGAUAGAUCAGUUUACCUGCUGCAUCCGUUGUACGAGGAUAAGGAUGAAAGCAAGAAACCUUGCGUUAGACAAAAUGCAAAAAAAUGGAGCAUGGAUGUUAUUUUCGUUCAUGGACUUCUUGGAGGGGUGGGAUGGACUUGGCGGCAGAGUGAACUACUCGGCAUGAAUAGCGACUAUAGCGAAUGCUGGCCAAGGGACUGGUUACCGGCUGACAUUCCUGAUCUCCGAAUUCUAGGUGUCGAUUAUGCGACUUCUCUGUCACACUGGAAGAGUCGAUGUCCGGAUGAUGCACGUAGGAGUGCAAUCAAUUCUAGAGCAGACCAAAUAUUGCUUUCACUUAAGCUAGCUGGAGUGGGAGGUCGACCUAUUGUUUGGGUUGGACACUCCAUGGGAGGCUUGCUAUUGAAACAACUUCUAAUUAACGCUUCGAAAUCUACUGAUCCUGAGCUACAGAAUAUAGUCAGGAACACAAAAGCAUUGUUAAUGUUAAGCGUCCCACACGACGGAUCAAGUGUAGCAACCUUGAAUCUACCUGCGCGUUUCCUUCUGCUUCCUUCUGUAGAAGUAGAAGAAUUAAGGAAAGGCUCUAACAUACUAGAUAAUCUGAACUUAGAGUUCAAGAACUUGUUGCUAAAAUUCCCAAUAGGAAUUGUCAGUCUAGUGGAAACCAAAGCAACGCUAGUACAACCAUGGGGAAUUGAGUUCAAAUUUGUGGAACCAAAUUCUGCUGAUUUACUUUCCGCUGGUGAAGUUCAUUAUUUACCUGUUGACCAUUUUGAAAUUUGUAAACCUCUUAAUAGAAAUUCAUUUAUCUACCAGCGCCUUAUUAAGCUGAUUCUGGGAGUUCGGGUAGGAUCUCCACCAAAAGAUCUAGUUCUCACACUACCUGAACAUAAAUAGGAGAUUUUAACCAUUCAACUAGUACCAAUUUAUGUUUGAAUAAAGUGACAAAUGAUU